GUGUCUUUUUUUACUUUCCCAUCUUCAUUCACUACUACAACACUUGACUCAACCAGCACAACAACACAAAAAUAGAAGACAUCAAAAUCAAAAUCACAAGCAGCCUCAAACUCCAACGUUGUCUGUUCCUUUUUUCCUUUUGCUGCGCUAGGGUUUUGUGUUUUAGGUUUUUGAACCGAAUCAGAAGCACUGAGUGAAAGUGAAAUUGAUGCAAAUGUUUGUGACGACAGUGUUGUUGGAGUGUUUUGUUUCUAGAUCGAGUGUUGGUGAUUCUAUAAUGCUGAGGUGUGAUUGUUCAUAAACCGACAUAAACCUAGGAUUUGUUUGUUGGAUAAAAAUGCAAUUCGCUAAGCUUGAUGAUUCUCCUAUGUUCCGCAAGCAGAUACAAUGCAUGGAGGAAAGUGCUGAGUCUUUAAGAGAGAGAAGUUUGAAAUUUUACAAGGGAUGCAGAAAAUACACGGAAGGACUUGGGGAGGCAUAUGAUGGAGAUAUUGCAUUUGCAAGUGCCUUAGAAACUUUUGGUGGGGGUCAUAAUGACCCCAUCAGUGUAGCUUUUGGAGGCCCUGUUAUGACCAAAUUCACUAUAGCCUUAAGAGAAAUCGGGACAUACAAGGAAGUCCUUCGAUCACAGGUUGAGCAUAUGUUAAAUGACAGAUUGCUCCAGUUUGUCAAUAUUGAUCUGCAAGAGGUCAAGGAAGCUCGAAAACGCUUUGACAAAGCCAGCCUUAUUUAUGACCAGACUCGUGAAAAGUUUCUGUCACUGAGAAAAGGUACAAAAACUGAUGUAGCUCAUGCCUUAGAAGAGGAGCUUCAUAGUGCAAGAGCUACGUUUGAGCAAACUCGGUUUAAUCUGGUUACUGCCUUGUCAAAUGUUGAAGCAAAGAAGAGAUUUGAAUUUUUGGAAGCAGUCAGUGGGACCAUGGAUGCACAUCUUCGUUACUUCAAACAGGGGUAUGAACUAUUGCAUCAAAUGGAGCCAUACAUUAACCAGGUCUUGACUUAUGCUCAACAAUCAAGAGAAAGGUCCAAUUAUGAGCAAGCAGCGCUCAAUGAAAGAAUGCAAGAUUACAAACGGCAGAUUGAUCGAGAAAGUAGGUGGGCUUCUAAUGGUUCUAAUGGUUCUCCUAACGGAGAUGGUAUACAAGCCAUUGGUAGAAGUUCACAUAAGAUGAUAGAAGCAGUAAUGCAAAAUGCUGCAAAGGGAAAGGUUCAGACUAUUCGACAAGGAUAUCUCUCGAAGCGUUCCUCAAACUUAAGGGGAGACUGGAAAAGGAGGUUUUUCGUUCUUGAUAGCCGGGGAAUGCUGUAUUACUACCGUAAGCAAAUCAGCAAAUCAUCUGGGUCUAGCAGUCAACAUUCUGGUCAAAGGAAUAGUUCAGAGCUCGGUUCUGGACUUCUAAGUCGAUGGCUGUCUUCUCAUCAUCAUCAUCAUGGUGGAGUACAUGAUGAGAAAUCCGUUGCUCAUCACACUGUGAACCUGCUUACAUCAACAAUCAAAGUUGACGCUGACCAAUCAGAUUUGAGAUUUUGCUUCAGGAUAAUUUCACCGACAAAGAACUACACUUUGCAGGCAGAGAGUGCACUGGACCAAAUGGAUUGGAUUGAAAAAAUCACAGGUGUUAUUGCCUCGUUGCUAAGUUCUCAGAUUCCUGAAAGGUUGUUAUCGGCAAGUCCAAUGGGAAGUGGUCAUCAUAGGUCUACAAGUGAGAGCAGUUCUUUUGAAAGUUCAGAUUUUGAUCACUCUGCUGUUGAAGAAAGUGCAGCUGAUAGAUUUGCAUCCUCACAUCUAGAACGUGCCUCCAGAAGUUUGAACCAGCAGCGAUCCUGUAAUAAAAGUGAGAAACCAAUUGAUGUGUUGCGAAGAGUUAUUGGGAAUGAUAAAUGUGCUGAUUGUGGGGCUUCUGAACCUGAUUGGGCGUCACUAAAUCUUGGCGUUCUUGUUUGCAUUGAAUGUUCUGGUGUUCAUCGAAAUCUCGGUGUGCACAUAUCCAAGGUCCGCUCUCUCACAUUGGACGUUAAGGUGUGGGAACCUUCUGUGAUAAGUUUAUUUCAGUCUCUAGGGAAUGCCUUUGCCAACUCAGUCUGGGAGGAACUUUUGCAAUCAAGAAGUGCCUUUCAGGUUGAUCUUGUCCCUACAGGCUCGAGCAAGUCUGAUAAGCCACAAACGGUUUUCAUCACCAAACCCGGUCAAUAUGAUUCUCUAUCAGUGAAGGAAAAGUUCAUUCAUGCAAAGUAUGCAGAGAAGAUUUUUGUUCGCAAGCCGAAGGACAAUCAAUACCAGCUUCUAGUGGCACAACAGAUCUGGGAGGCUGUUCGUGCUAAUGACAAAAAAGCUGUAUAUCGCUACAUUGUUAAUUCUGACGUUGAUGUCAAUGUUGUUUAUGAGCAAGCAUGCAACAACUCUUUAACCCUUGCCAAAGUCAUGCUAUUACAAGAGCAGGCAAACCAUGAUCAGGGCUCUAAUUUAGCAGGGAACACAUUGGACUGGUCCUCCAAUUGCUCUUUGAAUUUAGUAGGCACUAAAGAAGGCCAGACAAUGGACAAUCUCGAAGGUUGCACACUACUUCACAUUGCUUGUGAAACUGCGGACAUUGGAAUGGUGGAGCUCCUCCUGCAAUAUGGUGCGAAUAUUAAUGCGAGCGAUUUGAGAGGCAGAACUCCUUUACAUCGCUGUAUUCUCAAAGGAAGAUCUAUAAUUGCAAGAUUACUUCUUUCAAGGGGAGGCGAUCCUCGAGCUGUGGACGAGGAGGGAAGAACCCCUAUUGAGCUUGCUGCAGAAUCAAAUGCUGAUGAAAGACAAGUCCAUGCACCAUCAACUGAUUCAAAUGGAUGACACUAAUAAAGAAAAAACUCUGGAAAACCGAGUAUAUUAUAUAUAAGAUAUGGAAGAUUGAAUUAUGUAAAUUUGUAUUUUUCAUGAAUUGAAAAAAUGUUUUUUUUUAAGGAAACAAAACACCGCUAGUGUGAGGCCAGUAGCGGUGUUUUGUUUAAAGGGAAUGUGGUAGGUUGUAAUGUCUGCCCCUUGGUAGUCUCUUGUACAAGGUAGUGCUAAGAUUUGUAAUGUAAAAUGACCACAUUGGGUCUCUGAUGUCAAGAGCACUGUUGUACUAGUUGAGCCAAGCAACACUUUUGUAAUAUGUUGUUGUGUAUUUUUCAUUUGAUUCCUUUAGUGGUGAGUCUGUGAUACAUUAGACUAGGGUUUUGUGUAUGCUGUGUACAUUGGUUUAUUUUUGUGAAAGAUGUUUUGGUUGUUUUUCAA